UUGGAAUCCCUCAACCGGCUUAGCCUCACAUGCCUUGCUUCUGAUCUUCGUGAGAUCUGGCAGGUUGCUCUUGAGGUGAGUGCAGUAUAUCGGCAUCGCCUGAUCCUUGGCCAUUGGUUGGCAUCCAAAGCCACAGGCUUCCACUGGUGUCAGCAACAGAUACAUCAACAUCGACAGCAAACUGAAAUGUGGCGGCCAAAUUCUUUUCUUCCCAAACCUAAACCACAACAUUCAAGCGCCAUCAAUUCUUUUCCACCUGGCUCCGUAGACUGUACGAAUCAGCAAGAACCUCAGAUGCCUACUGAAUCUCAAUUUGGUUGCUACCUUAAACCUAAUCCCGAGUCAACCUGUCCCUUAAAUCAACAGACGAGCUCAGAUUCACUCCGCAGUGACAGCCACUUGUCCCGUGAGCCAGUAUUUUUUAAUCGUACAUAUGAAGACUAA